AGCGACCCGAGCUGUUUGGGAUCGUGCGGGCCGCCCGGCUUCGCGUGAGUCGCUGCGGGAACCGGUCCCGACCUGGACGCUGCGCCCUGCCCUCCUGCCCCGGAGCAGGACCCCGAGUGAGCACCGCCCGAGCCUCCAGCCAUGGCUUCUCUGCUCGCCAAGGACGCCUAUCUGCAGAGCCUGGCCAGGAAAAUCUGCGCCCGGCCCAGCCCGGAGCCGCAGAAGCGCAAGUCGGUGGGCAAAACUCAAGGCUCAGAAGCUGCUGGACCCCCAAAAAAGAAGAGGAAGAGAGCACAGAAGAAAUCCCGGGAGCACAGAGAGAAGUCGGUGGAGCCCAAGCCUCGAGCCCUGGGGGAGAACUCCCAGGCAGCUUCCCAAGCCAGGAAGCCAGCAGCAGCCAAGGAGGAGAAGACCUCUGGCUCUUCUGGGUUACCAGCAGAUGGCCUGGCCGCAGAGCCCGACUCCUUCUUUGCCCUGGAUGUUCUGCGGCAGCGGCUGCAUGAGAAGAUACAGGAGACCCGGGGCCAGUGCAACACCAAGGAGCUGUCCCCUGCCACUUUGGAGAAAAGACGGCGGCGGAAGCAGGAGCGGGAGCGGAAGAAGAGGAAGCGCAGGGAGCUGAGAGCAAAGGAGGUGGCCAAGGCCACGGAGGCCACAGAGGCUGUGGUGCCGCCUCCCGAGGCACCCAGCCAGGAGGCACAGGGGCAGCCAGGGCUGCUGUUCAACAAGGUGGAGGUGAGCGAGGAGCAGCCGACCAGCAAGGCCCAGCGCAGGAAGGAGAAGCGGCAGAAGCUGAAGGGGAACCUGACGCCGCUGACCGGUAAGAACUACCGGCAGCUGCUGGAGCGGUUGCAGGCGCGGCAGAGCCGGCUGGAGGAGCUGCGCGAGCAGGAUGCGGGGAAGGCGCAGGAGCUCGAGAGCAAGAUGCAGUGGACCAACGUGCUGUACAAGGCCGAGGGCGUGCGGAUCCGCGACGACGAGCGCCUGCUACAGGCGGCCCUGAAGCGCAAGGAGAAGCGGCGCGCCCAGCGGCAGCGCAGGUGGGAGAAGCGCACGGCCCACGUGGUGGAGAAGAUGCAGCGGCGGCAGGAGCACCGGCGCCAGAACCUGCGCAAGAAGAAGGCGGCCAAGGCCGAGCGGCGGCUGGAGAAGGCCCGCAAGAAGGGCCGGGUCCUGCCCCAGGACCUGGAGCGGGCUGGCCUGGUCUGAGGGGCGGCAGCCCUGACCACUUUGGACCUGGGCUAGCCCCCAGGCUGCAGACUGUCACACUCACAGGGCCCAGGUCAUGUGUUAUUGAGGACAAGAGCCCAGAUCCCAGACUGGGGGAAGUUGAACCAGAUCUGGGCUCCAGCCUUCGCAUGUGGAGGGCGUGGGGACUGGAGGCACUCGCCGCUCCUCCUUCCCCUCUGCAUUCACAGGGGCAGGGAGGGAAUGGCCUUGGUGACUGCCCGUGUCAGUCCAAAACUCACUCGGAAGGGACAAAAAUCCAACUCCGGUAGCCUGAGCCAAAGGAGGGGCUGAUGGCUCUUCACUGGGAGAAGGACGUGACCUCAGGCAUGGCUGGACUUGAAUUACUCUAAGUUUAUUGUAAGAAGGGUAAACAUUAGAGUUCAGGUUAAACAUACACAUUGAGAAUCCUAAGAUAACCUUAAAAGACAGUAACUGUGUAUGUAGUAAACUAAAAGAAAAGGGAGGAAACGGAUGGGGCAAGAUGUCCAUCCAGAAGGCAGGAGAGGAGCGCGCAGAGCGAGAGCUGGGAGGUGAGUGCAGAUGCAGAAUAAGGGGAGGGUCCAGCCCAAGCCCACGGGCGGUCACAUGAAUGCCAGCUGAAAAGGCUCCGGUGGAUUUUAUGGUGAUGUGGAUUAUAUUUCAAUAAAGCUAUUAAAGUUUUUUUUAAUUACACUCCAGUUAUGAAGCAGAUUGUAACUGCAAGGAAGCUGGUGUGGCUGUUACUGGACAAAGUAGACUUUAAGGUGGAAAGCACCACUGAAGAUGAAAAUUGGGAAGGGGUUCAGUUCACAGGCCCUUCGCCUGCACCAAUAGCUCCCAGGCUAUUUAGCAAACAGCUGCUGGGAGAACUCAGUUUACAUAUAAAAGGGGGGGUUAACAUCUCUCUUAGGAAUUGAUACACCAGACAGACAAAAACCAGGUGGAUACCGAAGGUCUGAUGGUAGUGUUUGCAAGCGUGAUCUAAUGACAUGACAGUGUCAGGAACUCUGAUGGGAACCCACCACCUGCCAGUCCAUAAAGCAGCCUUAUAUUUCAAAGGCUGGGCAUCAUACAAAGGAUAUGACCUGGCCUUAGCAUGAUUUAGUUUAAAAAAUUUAAGAGUUUAUUGAUAAAACUUCAUGUUUGGGCCAGGCAGACGUGACUCAGUGGUUGAGCAUCGGCCUAUGAUCCAGGAGAUCGCGGCUCAAUUCCUGGUCAGGG